CCUUGCUCCUGAGAUUUCUUUUCCGGGUUGUGUCCCUUCAGGCUGCCAGCCCAGAGUUGUGAGCCCCGCAGGACUGUCACAAAGACACAUCUGCCUGCCUGGUGGAGAUUGUCAUCAAGGACGCAAGCAGGGCAGGAAUCCCCGCCCGUCCUGCGGUGUUCCAACGCAGGGUUGAGACCUUGUGGCAGGCGGUGAUCCAGAAGGGCAGGGCGCAGACCGGGGUAUCUGUGGUAACCACCACUGUGGGCUGGGCCAGUCCUUUAUUGCCAUCCCUCCUGCCAAGGCACUUAACAGUUUGCAAAGUGUUUCACGCCCUCAUGUCAUUGUAGCCUUUGCAACAGCCCUGUCAGUGGCCAUCAAUGCCCCCAUUGCACGCCAGCAAGCCGAGGCCCUGCGAAGCAGCCUGGGGCUCCCGGGUCCGCAGCUGCUUCGGGAUUAGAACUCGGACCCCUGAGGCGACUCCAGGCUCCUCCUCCAGGCCGCCCCUCCUCCACGCCACCUCUUUCCAGGAGCCUCACUGAGGCCACAAAGCCGGGUUUGGCUCCCACCUCGUUCCUCCUCUGCCGUGGGUCUUGGGCACUAGGAGCCACCCAACGGAGGCAGCGCAGCUGACCAGCACGCCUUGGAAGAGCAGGCUGGAGAGGGAACAGUCACGGAUUCUUACAGCAACCCAAGGUGGGUACAGUGCCCCUCUCCCCAGCCGUGAGCUGGCACCAUGGACUGGAAGAAGCUCCAGGACUUGCUGAGUGGUGUGAACCAGUACUCCACAGCCUUCGGGCGCAUCUGGCUGUCAGUCGUGUUCGUCUUCCGGGUGCUGGUGUAUGUGGUGGCGGCUGAGCGCGUGUGGGGUGACGAGCAAAAAGACUUUGAUUGCAACACCAGGCAGCCUGGCUGCACCAACGUGUGCUAUGACCACUUCUUCCCUAUCUCCAACAUUCGCCUCUGGGCCCUGCAGCUCAUCUUUGUCACAUGUCCCUCUAUGCUGGUCAUCUUGCACGUAGCCUACCGCGAGGAGCGGGAGCGGAAGCAUCGCCAGAAGUACGGGGAGCAAUGUACCAAGCUGUACAGCCAUCCUGGCAAGAAGCACGGUGGCCUGUGGUGGACCUACCUGCUCAGCCUCGUCUUCAAACUCAUCAUUGAAUUCGUCUUCCUCUAUGCCCUACACAAGCUCUGGCACGGCUUCACCAUGCCACGUCUGGUACAGUGUGCCGGCGUGGAACCCUGCCCCAACACCGUGGACUGCUACAUCGCUCGGCCCACGGAGAAGAAAGUCUUUACCUACUUCAUGGUAGGCGCCUCCGCUGUCUGCAUUAUUCUCACCAUCUGUGAGAUCUGCUACCUCAUCUUCCACAGGGUUAUGCGAGGCCUGAGCAAGCCUAAAAAGAGUGGCAUCUCCCCAAAGUCCUCCAGCCGAGCCUCCACUUGCCACUGCCACCACAAGCUUCUGGAGAGUGGGGACCAGGAACCAGACCCAGGCGAUGCCAAGCCGCAGGCUUCAGCUCCAAAUCUGACCCCCAUUUGAACCGCAAGCUGGAGAAGUGAAGCAGGGAGGUACUGCGGGUGGAGGGGUCCUUAGCGGGGCUGGGUGCCCCCACUUUGAAUUCACUAAGCAAGCCAGUUUCAUAUGAUACAGAUAUUCUGGGUUCUGUGCUGGCUACCUGGUAUGGCAAACCCAGCUUCAGAGAGACAUUUAGAUUAGCAAAUUAACUACAUGCGUGCAAGGGUCUAUUUAGCUGAGCUGGUAAGCAGUGCUUCUACCUACCCCAGGGGACUGCCAGGCCAGGCAGCCUGGCAGAAAAGCACCGUGGAAGAGAGAAAUGGAGGGAGCUCUACAAAAGAGGUAGCAACAGCAAAAAGAACUGGGGAUCUCAGAGGAGGGGUGCUGGCCGGGGAUAGGGGACAGCCAGCCAGAGAGAGUGUUUAAAUCCCCACCCCACCCCCACCCCGUGAGAAGCUGCUCGGGUUCCUAUGUGGAAUGUUCUAGAGGCCAAAGAACGAACGUAGAAAGUGGUAGUUUAGUCUUGUCAUGUCAACUGCUGUUUGGGACACCCAGGGGUCCUCUGGAUCACCCUCUCCAACCUCCAUCUUCAGGCAGCAAUACUCUUCUUCCUCCUCCAGGGUGCUCAGUCCACUGCACCCUGUGGCCAGGACCUUGGGCGCAUGCAUGGAACCCGUACAUCCUAAUCAGUUUUCUUUAAAGCAAUAAAGUUUCGUUUUAUACAGUUUGCGUCUCUCCUC